UUGCAUAGUCCCGCCUCUGUUAGGCGGAGGGUUUGGAGUAGGUCUGAUUUCAUGUAGUAGGAGUGCUGGUCAUGGCUGUUGUACUUGGUAAUCGAGUGUUAGAGGCGGGUGGUGAGUGAUGAUGGUGCAUUGAGAAAAGCGAACGCGGAAUCAUCAGGGAACCAUGUCCCGCCGGUUCGUGGUUGGCAAGAUGAAGACCCCUGGAACGGGAGGGAAGGAUCUGCGAGCCGGAUAUAAGUACUCAAUGAUAACAACACGAGAAGAAACCAGCUUGAAGCAAAAUACAACCACAAAGCCUGACUUGGAGCCUGAAACAUUUCGGCCAAAUCUGAGUGAACAAAGUGACCUGCUCCAAACGGAUCAGAUUGAAAAGCUUGCAAAAAAUCUGCCUCCACGGACUGUUGGUUACCCAUGGACUCUAAUUUAUAGUACUGCUAAACAUGGCAUGAGCCUGAAAACACUGUACCGUAGUAUGACAGGUGUCGAUACACCAAUGCUGCUAGUCAUUAAAGACAGCGAUGGCCAGCUAUUUGGUGCUCUAGCAUCUGAACCAUUCAAGGUUAGCGAUUGUUUUUAUGGAACUGGGGAGACCUUCCUUUUUACAUUUUAUCCUGAAUUUAAGAUCUUCAAAUGGACAGGUGAUAAUAUGUUCUUUAUAAAAGGAGACAUGGAUUCCUUGGCUUUCGGCGGUGGAGGAGGAGAAAUUGGAUUGUGGUUGGACGGGGAUCUAUACCAUGGGCGCAGCCAUUCGUGUAAAACAUUUGACAAUCACAUCCUUUCAAAAAAGGAAGACUUCUAUGUGCAGGACAUUGAAAUAUGGGCUUUUGAGUGAAAAGAUGAUCUUUGCAUAAGCACUGAAGAUAUUCAACACCUCGGAUGCGGAGUCCCAAACCUGACCAAGCAUCAGUAGCAAAGUUGAAUCUAGGCAUAUCAAAAAUGACAAACACUAGUUUGUAUUUAUAUGUUCCUGUCUCCAGUAGAGCAAGGCAACCACUUUUGUAACAAAUUACUAAAGCAAAAUUACAUUCAAUCUGAGCACGAUCAAAGAAUAAGUGUUGCCACCACAAAUAACAAAAUUUGUGUUUGAAAUCAAACCGCCACACAAACCAUCCAUAUAAAAUUAACUCACAACAAACCCAGUGAUAUCAAAUUUGAAUUAGAUGGAGUCAGAAAUCAAUUUAAUAUUGGUAUUCUCACUGAAAUGGAUCAAAUGUUACUUUUGAUCUGUUAGACGAAAAUAUCUGGGUAAUGCUGUUGUUCUGAUGUUGCUGCUGCAGGUUUGGGACAGAUACCGUCAGCAUUUUGGGAUAGCUGAAAAACACAGCUAAGUUUGUUUCACAUGUUCAGUCAUUUUCAAAGGACUUAAUUGUGACAAAACUAAUGAAAGUAGUAGAAAUGUUGCUAUAUGCAUUGCUGGAUAAAUGUCAACAGAAUAUUGCAGGGUUUUUUUAUUAUGCCAAUGUAGCUUCCUGCAAAAGUGAUGAAGCAUAUACAGUAUUUAUUGGUCAUAUAUUUAUCCUGCUGUUUAGCUUCAUAGCACACCAAACUCCCAAGCACAUAACUGAGUACCCAUAGUUGUGCUGUCUGUCAGUGGGUGUAUGUUGUGAGUGUAGCUAACGCCACCCUAAAACAGAAUAGUUAUAGGUACUGUAGAUGGUAGUUCUAUAGACUUGUGGAAUUUGCAGAUUACUGUCACGUGAUCUCAAACAACCUUGUUAGGCAACAUAUAACAAUCACUCCUGUACUUGUCACAGCAAAUGAAUAACGCCAGCCUGAGAGUAACAGAAUAGUUUCAGAAUACAAAGGUUUUCCCUGUAUUUAGUCAAGUCUGAAACCUGAUUGUGUUUUAUGAAAAUAUUCCUGUUCUGAGUGUGAAAGUGAUCUUCUUCAUGCGAAAAUCCAGCUGUUCAGAUGUAUUGUAUAUUAUCCUGUAAAUUAAAGUAAAAACUGUAUUGUUCCUCAGUUUAGAGAAGUGGAAUGGUGAGUUGCUUAUGGCACUUUGAAUUAUGACAGAAAUGAACACAAGCCAGUUAAUUUUAUUGGCUUUAGUUUUAGUCAUGUAUAGUUUAUUUCCAAAUUUAAAAUUUUGGACUGAUGGGAGACAGCUUGCUGCUACAGUUGAGAAGGGCAUAUGAAUUUUGUGGACUAAGUUUAUUUAUGCUAAAUGUGAAAAAUGCAGAGCAUCAGUUCUCUCUUUCUGCCCAAUGUUCUGUAAUUUUGUUAGGAUGUAGCCUGAAUGUUUACAGAUUUUCAAAGUGAACUGUAAAUAAAUACAGCAGCUUUUAUUCCCUCUCAGUCUUCCACAGCAGUAUUAUUGUCUUUGUGGAGUUAUAGCUAUAGCUAUAAGAAGUAUUUAAAAUAAUCUUAGAAUUAUCAUAAUACUGCAAUGUAAUGGUGACGAAGUUUAAAAUAAAUUAUUGGAACCAUA